UAUAGAUUAUAAUGAGAUAACCAAGUCCCACAAAAUAGCCUUAAAAUUAUACAAAUGGACACUUUUUUUGAGUUUUCUUUUUGUUGAAAGUGUAGGGAGGAUCAUGGGCUGUUGACAAUUGUGGGAUUUUCUGCCCACUAGAGGCACAAAUCAGAAAUUGCAAAUUUUUUUUUCUUUUUUGGUGAAAGGAAACCACCGGCAGCGCCGUCAUGAUGUAAUUUAGGUGAAAUGAAAGGUAUGGUUUAAAGCUUCUUGGAAUUGAAAAUCCGGAUCAAUUCAGCUGAACACCACCAAAGAACUCGAACCACUCUGGAUUUCUACACUGCUCAGUGUGGACACAACUUCUUCAUGAGCUGCCUUAAAGAAUGUUGUUGACACUGCCGCUGUGAUUUUGCAAUCCGUUUCUACAGAGGAAAUUCCCAGAAGUUUAAUUGAAAUCACUUUCAUUUCUUGGAGACUUUGAAGACAGUUUAUUCAUUUCAAACAUAAACUGAUUCAUUCUGUGGAGAACCUGGAGCACUACUCUGUCAGAAACAUGGGAGACUCCUGGAGCUGUUCUGUAGAGAGGACUGAAUCUGUAUGUUUCAGUUCUGCAUCCAGACUGAUGAUUCCUACAAAGCAAAAAGGUCAAGUCAAAAAGACUCAGCUAGGAACAACGCCAGAAGAGGUUAUGCAGAACAAGCAGAAGGACAGUGGAAAAGCCGGACAUACCUCAGAACGCAAACAAGAUAAACAGACUGUGGAAUUGUUGAGGAGAACUCUGUCUCAGCUUCUAGAGAUUCUCAUCAAGGACAUGGACAAGUUUGCUGAAUUUGAUCUGAAAAGAAUUCAACAAUAUGCAGUGGAUGUGACUUUGGAUCCUGAAACAGCUCAUCCUGAACUCAUCCUGUCUCAUGAUGGAAAACAAGUGAGACAUGGCGACUUGCAACAGAAUGUUAUUCAUAACCCAGAGAGGUUUGAUUAUUGUUUCUGUGUGCUGGGAAAGGAAGGAUUCUCCUCAGGGCGAUUUUACUAUGAAGUUCAGGUCAGAGAGAAGACUAAGUGGGAUUUAGGAGUGGCCCAAGAGUCUAUUAGCAGGAAAGGGACAAUAAUAACCAGCCCUAAGAACGGAUAUUGGACAUUGUGGCUGAGAAAAAAGACUAAAUAUGAGGCUUGCGACUCUCCUCCUUCUCCCCUCUCCUUAAAACAGGCUCCCCAGAAGGUGGGGGUGUUUGUGGAUUAUGAGGCAGGUCUGGUCUCAUUCUAUGAUGUUGGUGGCAAGGCUCUUAUCUACUCUUUCAUUGGUCAGACUUUCACUGAGAAACUUUACCCAUUCUUCUGUCCUUCACACAACAGUUGUGGUAAAAACUCAGCACCACUGAUCCUCACACCUCUUACACAAUCGACCUGAGUUCUGUUUCCUUCAACAUUGCCCUACUAAUACACCCUGGUAUUUGAGAACUGUUACUUGGAUUCAGGACAUGCUAUUUUAUUGUAUAUUUUUAUUUUGUCAAAUUGCCAUGAAAAAAAAAAAAAAAAAAGAUUUUGUUAAUGAUUUAAUGCUUAUCUGUUGUCUCUUCUUUUUCAAAAUUCAUAGCCUAUAGUGAGCUAAUACAAUCUUGGCAAACCAAUUCUUUAUGUCAGUCUAAAUUGAAACUAAAUCCAUAGUAAAAAGUUUUUGCCAAAAGCAUCCCUUUUUUGUUUGGUUCAUCUGUAUAUCAUUUUCUUAACUUAACAACACAUGCUCCAUCAUAUAAAUAUAUAAAGUUGCUGGUCCUUCACCUUGUCCAAGCACCGAGGAAUUCUGGACCCCCAACAGUCCUGGUUGCUGUUUCCAGUGUUCCCUCAACCACUGUAUUCACAUGCCUGAGUUCAAUAUGUCAGAGAAAUUGCUAUUAGAAAUCUAAUGUCACUUCAACUUUCUUAACCUUUUAGUUACAGGAUGAUACCCAAAUGUGAGGCUGAUGGUAACUUGCAGUUUCUGCAUAAAACUGGUCCUAACCAGGGAGGUAAACUGAGGGCCUGGGUUGCAUCAUCAGAGAUGCCAAAGUAACGAAAGACAUGAUAAAAUAGGAGCUCUGCUGUGACAAAUACUGAGGAUAGACUAGGGAGAGAAAUAAGACACAGGGACUUGGAAGACCUAUGAAUAACUACCAAGACAGUUGUACUUUCUUGCGACUCUGGGAGGUCUGUGAGGAUCUCAAGGGCUCUAAGGACUUUGGACUGAGCACAUACCAUACAAGAGGUGACAGCUUCUGCACCUCUGACAGCAUGAGGGGCCACCAGUACAUGGAUUUGAGCAGCUGAAGGUUAUGUUGAAUGCCCAGGAAGCCAGUGGCAAUGUAGUUAUUGGCCCAGGUGAUUAAUUCUGUGCACAGGUAGUUAGGGACAAAAAGUUUAUGAGGUGGGAAGAUGGUUGGAAUUUGUUGGCAUGGAGUGUGGGUAAGGAUUUUAUCUAGGUCUCAGUGGAUGUCUCCCACUAUGCAGGAAGGAAACAGAAUUAGUUUGUCGGAGAAAAUAUAAUAUACCCAGCUUUGAAUUAUAUACCUAGCCUUAAAAGUAGCUUAAGUGCUAAUGUACUCAAUGCUCUAAGCUCUGACUUGGCAAUAUUCUGCCUAAAGAGUAGUGUGUAUCUAUCAAGAAUAAUUUAGCCAUUUAUUACGUAGUAAGUAGUUAACUCUGAUUAAAAAUAGCUAUAAUAAUCAGAUAUAGCCUCAUAGUCUUCAUAAUAAACAUGCAGAAUUAUUAAUGGCAGCAUGCUAGCGUAAUAACCACACUGGGACUGAAGGAACAGAAAAGAGGAGAGAUUUAUUGAAACAUUAGGAGUUACAACUCAGUCAGCCAGCCUAUCCAAUGGGAUCAGUGGGACCGGAGGGUCAGUUGUAGAAGACGGAAUCUCGGGAUCCUGAGGAGAAGUUGGAGAAUAAUCAGUGGGAGAAGUUGGGGGCGAAUAGUCAGGAGAAGACUGAGGAAUAUCAUGAACACUGUAAGGCAUAGGCACAAAUUCAGGAGAAAGUUGGGGAAUGUCAGGGGAAUUAGGAAAUGAAGAGGAGUCAGAGGAAGAAUCAUUAGAGGAAAUCUCAACAGGGAAAUCCUCAGUCUGGACACCUUGAGAGGUGGUGCGUGUCCAAUGCCAGUAGAAGGUCUGAGUAGACUGAUCACAGGUUGUGAGGUGAAA